GUGCCUGGAAAAGAUUCUGCUACUUAGCUGUCGAAGUACAACUCGGUCCGGUCGGACGAACACUCCGGACGCAGUGGACCGGUCUCGUUCCUCACCGUAAGGAGACUUAUUUAGGAUAACGCAAUGGGCUGCCCAGGGAGUCCAGUCGGACGACGCUUGCUGGCGAAACGAAACUGACGGACAAAGGACGAAAACGUCUUAUCUCCAGAGUUGUGACGAUAGACGGAGUCUUCACAGGGAUCAUUGUGACACAUGCUUUCAUACCGAUACCUAUUACCAAAUAUGGAUUAAUCUAUACUUGUUAUUACUAGCAUUGUAAAUUUCACACAGACACUGUCUCCAGGCGGUUCCAGUUGUCCAGGCGGCCGGCAAUUCGUGUCCUCGAUCUACGAGUCUAUCCGCGGCUGAUUGUGCUCCUCUGCAUGCGCAAUUCUACACUCUGAAUGCUGUGUACCGGCCUCGUCCUUUCGCCGGGUACAAAGAGGAAGGACGAUCAGAAUGACGAAAUGGACUGCAUAGGAGUCUAGCGCAAUCCUGGCUGAAAAGGCGCGGACUUUUUGGAUUAGGAUAAUUGGAAGGAUUUUGGAAUACCCUUGAUACAAGAAGAUGAAUUCGCUGGAUGAAUUCGCAAUUCUGAAAUUGACUGGAUCGAAAUCAUAGUCCGUCUCUCGUGAACGUGCCAUGUGACAAUUGUGUGAUCAGACAGAUCGGUGUGUUUUGUAUCUAAAUAGAGAUAAACUGAAUAUCAUUUUUCGUCCCUCACAUGAAGGAAGUUUGAAAAGGAUGACGAAUUUACUGCCUUCAUUUACAUUCAAAUAUGUCAGGAAUAAUAUCUAAAAAUGUAUAAACCUACAUAUAUACAGAUGAGGUACAACUUGUUCGAUUGUUAAUCGUUGAAAUUGUAACUCUUUCCUAGAUACCAAGGUAGGCUAACGUCUUAUUCAAAAAAGGAACGUUUCUCCACGGUGUCCGAAAUUCGUGCACACGAUUAGGUGGCCAGGCCGCGUGCUGACGGCCUCAUGAAAGACUAUCAGUCAAAUGGCUAAAGGUUACCAGAACUUCAUGAUGGGGCACACUGGUGUUGUUGCCGAGUGUUAUGAAUACGACAAGUUGGACACGGACGUUUCAGAAAUCAACGCGGGAAACCUGUCGUUCGUUUCAUGUGAUGAGCAAAGCGAGACGGUUGUUGUCGACGAAUUGUGGACAUAUUUUUCUCCAAUAAUUCUCUUCUUAGGAAUUUUUGGAAACAUGAUGGCAGUUCUAGUCUUCGUGUUUCGGCGGGUCGGGAAAAAGGCGACCCGUUUGCUACUGGUGCUGUUGUCAGUGUUUGAUCUUCUCGUGCUACUGACCGGCUUGCUGAGACACUGGCUUUUCGCAAUCAGCGGUGUGGAUGUGCGAUCGUCUUCGGACGCUGGUUGUGCCAUCCAUAAGAUCAUUGUUUAUUGGUCCCUGCAGUGCGCCGCAUUCACACUUGUAUUGGUGACAAUCGAUAGGUUGGUUGUCGUCUGCUUCCCGCAACGAGCGCACCAAAUCUGCACCGUCCCGAAAGCGGCAGUGACAGAAUCCGUCUUCGUGGGUCUGCUGCUGCUCAUGGAUACCCUGAGUUUCUACGAGGAUCAUCUGCUACUGGACGGAACUGUCGGGUACGUCUGUACAAGAAGCACCGACAACCUUCUUUACCGGGUAUUUCCGUAUCUAGACUGGGCACUUUUCUCCUUUAUCCCGCUCAUCAUCAUUGUCUCUUGCAACAUUAUGAUGAUACUCAAAAUCCGGACGACGAACAACAGGCGGAAAAACGUGGUUGUGACUCGCCAUUCUGACCACAUGCGCAUGUCGGGAGUUUCCCGUAUGCUGUUCACAGUUAACCUGAUCUUUUUCUUCACAACUUUACCGAUAUCUCUUCUCCUUAUCAUUGACAUGGAACUUGAUGUUGCAGGACGGGAUGAGAAGGAGGCGAUUCUUGUCGCUUUCACUGUGACCAGUUUGUUGCAAUACACUAAUAAUGCAUGUAACUUCUAUUUGUACUGCAUUCACAGUUCCCAGUUUAGGAAGGAAUUCAAGUCACUGUUCUGUAUCUGCCGCAGGAGGUUUAAUGCUGAAGUGUCCCCAGCGGAAACAUCGUUGACGCCUGCGAGGAGCGUUGAAACAAGGUUGGAUGAGACAUUUGCUGUGGAGAUGUAACGCCUCUCUGAGAAAUGAGAUAUUUUUGGGAAGAUGCUACGCCUUUGAGAGAUGGAAACUUUGUUGUUUUGAGAGCCCGGGUGAGGCAUUUUUGGGAGAUAAACAUGUACGUAUUUGAGAGAUGUUACAUUUGUUGUGGAGAUGCAACGCCGAGCAAUUGUUGUUGAGACGUAACACCUUCAAAAGCGCACAAUAACGGACUCACAUUAUAUACAGGGCUCAUAUAGAGCACAUAAUACAUGUACCUUAGAGUAACCUGAUUUUAGUCUUACCGUGGUACAACUUUAGACACCAAGGUACAAGGAUGUGACAUUGUCUCUAGAGCUCUGAUGCCUUCGAACAUGGAAGACAGUUGGAAAUGGCGGUGAACCAUAGUCACACUAUCAGUUCGGGAAAUCUCGUUAUUAUGAAACGUUCCAGAAUUUGGUAGAUUAAUCCGUAACUUACGAUUUUUCCCGAAUAAUACGAAAGACAGACCCUGGAUAAGAUGAAAGAGCAAUUCAAAAGUUCCCGCCUGAGUAAAGGUAUCAAAAGCUGCAGUGUGUUGCCUACUUGAAUACAGAACAAAUAAAAUGUGGCCACCCGUGGUAGAGACAUUCCAACCUGCGCCUCAGGCAUGCUUGGCAUCUGUGCUAUAUUUAGGACACAUGAGCCAUCAUGAAUGAGUAGUUCCAUGCAUUGUGAAGAAUACGGCAGGUAAAUAAAUGGAACACCAGGCUCACCAUGUAGUAAGUUACUGCGAAGUCGUGUUCUCAAUUCGAGGGUGUUCCACUGCGAAGAUACAGUUAAAUCAGUUUAAUUCUGUAUGGAACCGCUAAGAGGAAAGUUGGUAGGCACCUCUGAGAAUCCGGCCGAAGGACUGUUAAGGCGAAGGACAUGGAACAGACGACUACGAUGCCCCUCUGGAGCUGGAGGAAUGCUUACAACGCUACCGGGAACGCUGUACGAGGACAGGCGGGAACAGUAAGAUAGAUGCAGAGUUUAGGGAAGCGGUUCUCUCAGUGAUGGCAAUGUCGC